AAUUUCUAAGGAGAAAGAAAGACAGCAAACAAAAAGAGAAGACUGCACUUAGGUGCAGCUUGAUACGCACGAUUAUGACAAUUCACAAUUUGUAUAUAUUUUCAAGAAAUGGCUUGUUAUUGUAUUAUGCUGAAUGGAAUAGACUGAAUAAAUCGGGAAUUACAAAAGAAGAGGAAGCAAAGCUGAUGUAUGGAAUGUUAUUCUCUAUAAAGUCUUUUGUAAGUAAAAUAUCACCGUUGGAUCCAAAGGAAGGAUUUUUGUAUUAUAAAACAAGUAAAUAUACUCUACAUUAUUUUGAAACACCAUCUGGCUUAAAGUUUGUUUUAAAUACGGACAAUGCAACACAAAAUGCAAGAGAAUUGUUGCAACAAUUGUAUCGCGAGGUAUAUUUGGAGUAUGUAGUGAAGAAUCCUCUUUGUCAACUGAAUGAACCUAUUCAAAGUGAAUUGUUCAAGUUAAAAGUAGAUGAGUUAUUAAAAAAAUCACCAUUAUUUUUAAGCAGAUCAUUAUAGUCAAUGAAAUUAAAAAAUAUACUUGUAUAAUUAGAGUUAUAAGAUGUUAUUAUCAUAAAAAAAUUAUUUUUUUAUAGUACCUUAUUCAUUUUAUAUAUUUAUGUUAUAAUAUAUAAAUUACUUGCAUAAGAAAACUUAUUGAAAGUAAACUGCGAUUACUCAUUGUAUUUUAAAAUUAUCCUUUAAUUACAUUGCACAGUAUACCUCUAAUUUUACACAUAUUUUGCUACCUAUUAUCUUAUAUUAGAGCUUGCACUAUGUAAAACUUCCAGGUCUUGUAACUUUUGUCCAUACAUUAUAUCUUUCAAUAUUUUUAACAAAUAUGAGUGUUAAAUAUCGAAUUAUACAUGCUAUGAAUGAUAGUUUUAUAUAUGACACUAAGAGGCAAGUGCCCUACUAUAUAUUAAUGACGAAAUACAGAUAUUAGAGUAUGCAAAUUCUUAAUCUUUUAAAUGGCCAUUGUGAAAAGUGUAUUAUUAGUACAAUUAAAUGUUAUAUUUUAGUGAUACUUAAUUGAUAUUUCAGUCAUACUGCAUAGUAACUCAAAUUUCCUUGAACGAAAAAAACUUGUAGUUUCAUUCGUUUCAAUGUUCUAAAUGUUUUUUCUUUCUUCUUCUGCUUCUUCUUUAUUUAUUUUUUUUUUUUCUAAACAUUUAUGAAAAAUCAAAUUUCAUAUAAAAGAAAAAAGUAAAUACGUGCGAACGAGACAAAACUUUGAAGUUAUGGCACAGCACUUCCAAAUCUGUAAAUGGUAUAGAAAUAAUAUUAGUAAAUCCAAUAUUAAAUAUUGUAAAUACAUUCGGAAAUGUAUGUUUUUAUACGGAGAAUAAUUAUCAAAUGAUAUUAUACAAA